AGGAUAUCAAUGAAGAAUGGAUUUCUGACAAAACACGCUUUUCAUAUGAUGGGCUAAAGAGACAACGGUUGACCGUUCCUAUGGUGAAGGAUGCGGAGGGAAAUUUGGUAGCAAGUACGUGGGAAGAUGCUUUGCCAGCAGUUGCUUCACAGCUUGUCAGUACAAGUGGAAGUGAGAUAUCUGCCAUUGCCGGGGGACUUGUUGAUGCUGAGGCUUUGCUAGCAUUGAAGGAUCUUUUAAAUAGAUUUGGAUCCGAGGCACUCUGUACAGAAGAGGUUUUCCCAAUGGAUGCAGCUGGCACUGACUUUCGCUCAAACUAUUUGUUGAACACUGGAAUUGCAAAGGUUGAAGAUGCUGAUGUAUUACUAUUAGUUGGCGUAAAUCCUAGAUAUGAAGCACCGCUGUUCAAUGUACGUGUUCGCAAAAGUUGGCUGCAUAACGAUCUGAGCGUCGCUAUGGUUGGUGAAAAGGUGGAUCUCACUUAUACAUAUGAACAUCUUGGAGACACAACAGAUAUUCUUGCUCAGUUAGCUAAAGGAACCCAUCCAUACAACAAGGUGCUAGCCCAGGCUAAGAACCCAAUGAUAGUAAUUGGCAGUGGGGCACUGCAGAGGGAAGAUGGGGCUGCCAUCCAUGCUAACGCAACUACAAUUGCUCAGCAUGUGCGCCAGAAUAGUGCAGUUGAAGAUGACUGGAAAGUAUUGAAUGUGUUGCACAGG